AUGAAGGCCGUUGCCAUGGAUACGGCGGAAGACAGCCUCAGCCAGACCAGUGACGAGCAGUUCGUAUCUCUUCAGAUCUAUGUGCCGGAGCUCGUGGUGCAGAAAUGUAUGCAGUUCAACAGGGAGGAGCUGAUAUGGGAUGUGAAGAAUCAGAUUUUAACAGCUCUCCCAAAGGAGCUGAAGGAGGGUUUCAACUAUGGCCUCUUCUGUCCGCCUGUGAAUGGGAGGGCUGGAAAAUUCCUGGACGAAGAAAGACCCCUGGCGGACUACCCCUUUGCUGACAAUUCAGCUUACGUCGAGCUCCGGUACAAGCGCAGGAUCUACAAAAUUAGCAUGGAAGAGAAGCAGCUGAAGCAACUGCACAGUAGGGCAAACCUCCGCCGUCUUCUGGACCACGUGCACAACAACCAUGUGGAGAAGGUCACCAAGAUGUGCUCUCGCGGCCUCGAUCCUAACUUUCACUGCCAAGAAACGGGAGAAUCACCUUUGACCUUGGCGACUUCUUUGAAACAUCCCGCAAAGGUGAUCAUGGCGUUGGUGAACGGAGGCGCACAUCUUGACUUCCGUACCAAGGACGGUUGCACCGUCCUUCAUAAGGCCGUGGAGAAGAACAACCUUGAGUCGCUUAGGACGCUCCUGGAUUUGGGUUCCUCCCCAAACUACAAGGACCUGCGAGGCCUGACCGCUCUCUACUACUCGGUGGUCUACAACAGCAACCCCCAAUUAACGGAGAUGCUGCUACACGACCACGCCAUGAUCGGGACGGCCGAUCCGCAUGGCUGGCAGGAAGUACAUCAGGCAUGCAAGUAUGGACUGGUGCAACAUCUGGAGCAUUUACUAUUCUACGGUGCUGAUAUGAAUGCGCGCAACGCCUCGGGCAACACACCCUUGCACGUAUGUGCCGUCAACGACCAAGAAAGCUGUGCCCGGGUGCUACUAUUCAGGGGCGCUGAUAAGGGCGCCCUCAACUUUGCCAACCAGACACCUCACCAAGUGGCAGUCAUCGCCGGGAAUCUCAGACUCGCAGACAUCAUCCAUAAUCACAAGCCAGAGGACGCCGUUCCAUACCGGGAGGCCCCCCGCUACAACCCGCGCCGGCGGACGAGCGGCGCCGCCACAAUGGGCACCACGGGCCAGAACCACAGUGACCCCCGCCUGGAACUGGUUCCGAGCGGAGGAAAACCCCCCUCCCCCUGCCCUUCCAACCACUCCCUGCCGCACCUCCCGCAGGGGGAGGAGGACGAGGAUGCCACGUCUAACCACGCCGCCGGUGCCGAGACGGGUGCUAAUGCAGGCGCCAACAGCAGUGGUACAGACUCCAGUCCGUUCGACUCUGCAAAGUCCACCCCUCUCACUGAGUCGGUGUGCGUGUGUGUCGAAGAGUACAACCCCUCUACAUCUGGUCACUUGCAGCUCGCCAAGGGAGACCUCAUAGAAAUUCUAGCAGUUAGCGGCAGUGGUUAUUUGGAGGGACGUCGCCGGGACGGAGAGGAGGGCCUUUUUCCUGCCAUAUGUAUCCAAGAAAUCCGGUGCGAUAACACCCUCCCACCCGCCAGGAUAGGGAGAAACAGGAACAACCUAAACGCCAGAAAAUGGAAGACCUUCGGGGAGCCUAGAACUGUUAUUCUUCACAAAGGAAAAAAGGGCUUUGGAUUUAUUCUUAGAGGUGCAAAAGCAACCAGCCCUUUAAUGGAAAGGCAACCUACGGAGUUCUGGCCGAGUCUACAGUACCUAGAUGACGUCGACAAAGGAGGCGUAGCUGAGAUGGCUGGACUCAAGAAAGGUGAUUUCCUACUGGAGAUCAAUGGACAGGACGUGUCCCAAGCAUCUCACGAGCGAGUUGUAGCCAUCAUCCGACAAUCUGGAGAUUUGGUUUCGAUGACUGUGGUCACCGUCAUUCAGCAGACCACCCUUCCGCCCACGGAAAAACCUCAACUAAUAAACAGGCAGUGUGCCACUCUGCCGAGAAAGCUAUCCACCAAGAAAGCACCACUUCCUCCGAAACGGGACCCGAAGACCACCCUGUCUGUUGGGAGGGCAAGAGCAAGGUCCAUGGUAGCUGGACUUGCAGAAAUUGAAGUUUUGGACCACACCCUGAACGAGUAUGACUCUGAAGGCCGCUCCACCAAAAGUAGCUCUAUCGAGAGCAUCCCGAACAAGCAGGGAGGCGGAGGUAGUAGUGCCACAACCACGCCCACGACUGCCACGACCACACCCACUUCUUCCUCUGCCCACCAAACCCGCCCCCUCCGACAUGUCAGUGCCACCGAGAUGGAGGAUUUUUUCGCCCGUCAUCUCCCGGGAGGUACGAGGCACGGCAUUGUCAGGAACAAAUAUGCCACCGUGGCCCGCAUACACAAGGCGAAGCAUUCGAGGAGACGUAGACAGCAGAAAGGGAAGGAGGACGGAGACUACAGGAUGCCGAAAAAUUACAGUAGCGCGCCAGAGCUGAACCUACCGUACGACGCCGAUCUAGAGGCCGCAGUCGUACGGAAGAGUCGCAGCUUGAGCGACGUACAUACCCGGCAUAGGCACGGAGCCCCUUCUAGGCAUGCACGAGGUCGGGAGAAGGCCUUACAGAGACAGCAUUCCAUUCCAGAGACUAACAAAGGGUCUCGGGAGAGAUCAGCCACACCGGACCUAAAUGGGCCUUCCGUCAUCAAGCAAGAAGGUUCGGAUAUCUAUGCUGAAACAAUUCCAGUAGUGACCAAGUCUGGUGAUAAAAGUGGACGUGCCAGUUGCCCGCCCCCUUCUUACCCGCCUCCUCCUCCUCCCGUGGGACAGGUGGUCAAGGUGGACAUUUCCCGUGGCGAGUACGCCGACCUAACCACUGGUCGGCCGCACAAGGCCACGGCCGUCAUGUCCAGCUUUAGACCGACGGACAGUGCAAAGUUAUAUGCUUCACCAGAUGCGAUCGUCACUGUGGGCUACAAAAAAGAACACCUGCAGAAGGCCGACGUCACCCUACCCAGACAUAUGAUGAAGGGAACAAGCUCAAGGUCUCAAUCCCUACCCCCUAAAAUGCCAGACAAUGCCGGAUCUGGCACAGCUGGCAAUGGUGGUGGUGGUUGUGGUGGCAGUAGCACCGCGUCUCUGGACGCAGACAACAGCUCCGGAGAUUCUGGAUAUACACCAUUUAAGAGCCGAUCAAGGGAAGCUUCUGGUCAGGAGUCUGGUCAAGUGGACAGACGGAGUAGUACCCUUAGAAAAGUGAAGCAGCAGAGUGCGAAGCUCUCCGAAUCGGCCAGCCCUAAGCACCAUCCAGCACGAGAAGGGUUCAUUCAAGAACCAGACUACGACUCGAGUGAAGAAGAAACCACGUCAGGGAUGGAGAACAAGGGAGGACUUGUGACUUUCAGGGCAGUUGAUACUGACACAAAGAAGGAAGAAGUAGAAACAAAGUCAAAAAGCGAAAUAAAUUCGAGUAUGACUUUAAAAAGAAAAAGGCUUAAGUCUCAAUCCUCUGUUGAUUCUUCGAAAUUGCCUACAGAAUCUGAAGAACCAGAAAACGAGGAAAAAGAAGCCUCCAAAAUCAAGCCUAUGGAAGAAAUUUCAGACUCUGAAGUGGUGCAAUCCGAAGAGACUGGUGAGAGGAUAUUCUUCAGGAACGGCCAUCAGAGUGAAUCGUCGAACGAAAACGGAGACAAAUCUCAGUCGAAGAAAGUGGCACCCGUUCCUCCGCCAAAGAGGACGGAGGAAAAUGGCAAGGCCAAAGCUGUUCCCGAGGUGAAAUCCGAAAAUACCGUUGAGAAAGAACUGAGUGCCAAAGCUAUACGAGAAGCUUUUGAGAAGCAGAUGUCUUUGAAAGAUGAGAAAAUGGAUCAAGAAAUUAAAGCAACCUCAAAAGAGCCUAUAGCUUUUAAGGCAACGAUUGUGCUUAAGCAAACAGAAGUUGUAUCCAAGGACGUAAAAGAGACUACUCCAUUUAGAAUAAAGAAUAAAGAACUUAUCCAUCAACAUAGUGCUCACGAAUUGCUCAACCUUAAGAAUAAAGAAGAUUCAAAGAAGGAAUUUAAAGAGGAAACGAACCGAGAUAAAAUUAUCAAAUCUCCAUCUCAAAAUUUUAAGGAAAAACUAAGCAAUGUCAUUGACGUGCCACAAAAGAGUCCUCUGCCUGUAAAUGAUAAAGGCUAUGAAUCAAACAAUUCACAAAAAGUAGCACCUGCGGUACCCAAGAAACCUAAAGUUGAUGAGGUUAAAGCGGCGGAAGAUGUAAAUGAGCAUCCGGAUGCCUUAAAAUCCCUUCAAAUGGAAGCCUUGAAUUUCGAACAAAGCAACACUUCCCCCAGUAUUGAUGCUGCAUCUCGUUCUGUGAAAGAAAAUAUUUAUAAUUUCGAGAAACGAACCACUGAGCUAACUACCCCUAAAGGCAACGUGUCACCAAGAAGAAAAAGCGACGUCAUUCGAAUCACAUUAAUAGGAUGCCAGCAAAAAGGGAAUGAGCAAGAAAAAGGCAUUACUGUAGCAACAAUGAAAACAUCAAAAUCUUGUCCUAAAACAUUUGAAGAGGAUGUAGAAUUAGAUGUCGAAAGUUCCAUCACAGCGGCUAUGCUGCAUUCUGAUGCCCACAAUCAGGUAACUCGGUUCUCUGCAGAAACACCGACUACUACCCUGGCAUCGACUAACUUUAGUGACGACUGGAGAAGACCAGAUGUAGUUUCCCCGGUAAAUCUGCCAUACCACGCUGAAAGCAUCAAAAAACCCCCGGAUACACCACCAAAGAAUGCUAUGAAUCGCAGGAUAGACAAUUUUAGCAAGACACAAACUUUAGGGCGCAAACUCAGUGAACGUGAUUUCGAAUUUCAAGACACAGAAUCCACUUACUUUUCAGAAACUAUGACAUUGAAUAGACAAAGUUAUGCUAAAAGUGAUGCCGCAAAGUUUCAUCAGCACCCCGAGCCAAUGCAAUCUUCGGGCCGUGAGCACCACCAUACUAGAAUUGCUGUGCUGCCAUCCACUACCGUCAGCCCACCGACAACCAUGUUACCACCAUCUAGCCACUCUGGACAAUAUCAGCCUCGCUCUCUCCCACCCAACACGAUUCCUGCUGGAUGUUACAUUCAAAAUUCACCUGGCUUCGAAGCACUACAUUACCCUACGAACAUUCCUUUGGAAUUGGCUCAAAAGCUCUCUGCUGAACACUUGGUGAACAUUCGAAACAGGGAGUCAAUAGAAGAGUCUCACCAAGGACAGCCUCCUAAGGCUGGUCCGAUGUCUGCUCAAGCUAGAUUGCUGGAUCACAGGCACGUCAAAGUCGCGGCCCCUUCCUCUGCCAGCAGAGCCCCUCCACCGAAGACGCGCGAAGAUGACGAAUGCCUGAAAUUGUGCCAGCGCGUGGAUAAGAGCUUACAACUCAUUCGUCUUCAGGUGGACUCAUUGAGAAUGGCAGCAGCCAGUGAACCGGAAGUGAUUCCAGAACUCGUCCCACCCCCUCCGGAAUUUAAUUUCGCAGCCAAUUCCCAUUCGAUGGGUCCAGCCCCACCGCCCCAUCAGAUGCAACCGCUGCACAUCGCCCCACCUCCGGAGUUCAGUGACGAAUCCCUGGCCAGACAGCGUCGAGCGCAACAAAAUAUGAUAACCACCAUGGACGCUCCUAUCAGUAGGCGAGUGGUACCACCCGACACCGUCAAUUACCCAUAUCCAGAACACAUUUACAGGGGGUACCACUCCGUUCAGUCUCCCCAAGAGCAUCCACAUCACCCGAUGCACCAUCACCCUCCUCCCCAGCACAUCAUUCCCAACAACCUUACCUCAUCCCCCACCAAAACGAUGACUAUGACUCGCAGUGGAUAUCCCGCUCACCACGGUAUUCCUCAAGGACGCCAUGAAAGUAACUGCAAUACCCUGCCUCAUCCAGGUGCAAGGAUGAUGAUGCCUCCCCAGCACGCCAUGCAUCACUCCCAAGCGCAGCCUCAACAGCCGCCAUUGCCCCAACAACAUCCGUUCUCACCAGGACGGACAAGUAGAGAGUCCCCAAGAAUGAUGGGUCCCAUUCCUCCCAUCCCCCAGCAUAAAGAGUUCAGACAAAAACCGCUGCACCAGUGGAACAUGAAGGAUGUUUCGGACUGGCUAGAGAGCCUCUUUCUUCCGGAGUACAAAAUAACGUUCGCUGAAGCUGGCAUCACGGGUUCCAAGUUAGCCAACAUGGACAAUAACGAUUUGAUGGGUUUGGGGGUGAAACAAGCCGGGCAUAGACUAAAUAUGGAACGAUCCAUCAAAUGGUACUUAAAGUGAAACCAAAAUUGCUAGGAAUUAUAAUUGCCAAAAUUUUCUUUACUGUUUCAUUGCCUCUUGGAUGGAGGAUUUUGCAGUUUUAAACGAACGAGAAGAGGGAAGAUAUUCCCAUGGAACAGUGACGCACACUCGCAUCAAAAGUAUCUUGAACUGCUAAGUAUGGUUCUACGCUUAUGCAUGUUUUCGUUUCCUGCAUGUGCGUCGCUGCACGUGCCUACUCAAAAUGAAAAUGGCUGCUUUUGUUUCAGCGACUUUUUUUUUUGUAAGAAAUGAUUAUGCUUUGUUCCUAACUCAACUCAGAGGGUAAGUUUUGCCACCUAAUUACCAAAAUGAGUGAUUGACGACGAAGGCAACGAAAAUUCAAUUUUGGUUUGAUGGUACAGUGCUUCGUGGCUACGAAACAAAACGUAAAGGGUAAAAGCACAAAAUGAAAAGCAAAUAUCGAGGUAACAUCUAUCUUUAGUACUCAUUGGUCUACCCAUACAAUUCAAAACCCUGAAAUUCAUUUUUAAAUAAAAGAGAUGCAACGAGCAAAACAAAUUCGGAUGUUCUAUUAUUUAAAAAUAGUUAUGACUCUUAUCAUGUUCUAUAUGUGAAGAGUAAAAGUUCUACUCAAAAUUUAGCUUCGUCAUCAGCAUAUGUUUGCUAAUGAAAAAAAUCGGCUUCACAGCGUUCAAAAUUGUACAAAAUGUAAUUAAA